AUGCAGCUACUGCAGCUGCGGACAGUGCUGGAAAAACACUGGGGAGACGCGCAUGUGCUGUUCUGCACGUCGCUACUGCUCUGCAUGGCCGUGUUGCUCUGCAUGGCCGUGUUGCUCUGCAUGCCUGUGUUGCUCUGCAUGCCUGUGCUGCUCUGCAUGCCUGUGCUGCUCUGCAUGCCUGUGCUGCUGGGCAUGCCCAUAGGGGUCUUCCCAGUGGGAUGCAUCCCUGGGCGUGGGCCCCAGGCAAAAGGAGAUGAGAGGGGGAAAGGAGGGCAGCUCCCACUCUCAUCCCCCACCCUUCUCAACCCUUCUCAACCCUUCCCAACCAUCUCAUCCCUCUCAUCCUCUUACCCCUCCCAUCCCUCUCAUCCCUCUCAUCCCUCUCACCCCUCUCACCCCUCUCACCCCUCUCACCCCUCUCACCCCUCUCAUCUAUCCCAUACCUCUCAUCCCUCUCACCCCUCUCACCCCUCUCACCCCUCUCACCCCUCUCAUCUAUCCCAUCCCUCUCAUCCCUCUCACCCCUCUCACCCCUCUCAUCUAUCCCAUCCCUCUCAUCCCUCUCACCCCUCUCAUCUAUCCCAUCCCUCUCAUCCCUCUAAUUCUUCUGCUCCCUCUCAUUCCUCUUAUCACCUCGCCCCUCUCGUCCCCCUCGUUAUUCUUACAAUUCUCACCAGUCUUGUUGGAGUAUGA